GAAAUAAGUGAAACAACGAGCGUUCCAAUGUUUUGUUCAGUUAAAUUUGUUUAGUUGGUGAUCUUCCCCUGAUUCUUUGGCGGGAAUUUAAAAAAAGUACACGGAAAUUUUUCGCUCCAACUUUUAAAAUUCUUAUUUAUUAGUGUAAACUACUUUAAUUUGUAUAUAUCUUAUGUAAAAAACUGUAAAUAAUUAUAGUUAGUGUUUAAACAAUGCCAGGUAACGAGGGGGGCGGGGAAAACCCGCCCACCCUUAAGCGCUCCAAAAACGACAUCCAAGGCAACACGGACGAUGGCGGCGGGGGUGAGCAAUUGAACAAUGGAUACUUACCGUAUUUUAAACCGGACUAUAAAAGACUAUACCCUGAGAAUUCAGGAAAAGUAGAAUUUAAAGUGUUUGUUGAGCAAGUGGACCCAAAAGGCAAAUUGGGAAACAAAAGCCCAAUUUUCCUAAAUCACAUAUUUACUACGGACAUAAAAGGUGUAACGGCCAUACAGCGUGUAAACGCUAACAAAAUUGCAGUCGUUUUCAAGCAGUAUAAUACGGCUAAUAACUUUUUAAACAACACUGCAUUUUUGACAAAAUAUAACAUGAAGGCGUACAUACCGGCGACUCAAAUCGAGAAAACUGGGAUAAUCAGAUUUGUGCCAGCCAAUAUUUCAAACAAGGAUUUAUACACAAAGUUAAGCUCUAUUUAUGAGAUCAUAGCGGUACGACGCUUUACCAAAAAAGUUGGACAGGAACGUGUUCCUUUACAGACGGUGAGCAUUACGUUCUUGUCGCAUGUGCUACCGGACAAUGUACAGUACGACUUAUUCUCGUAUAGAGUCUUCGAAUAUGUACCCCCCCUACUGCAAUGUUUUAAAUGUUUUAAAUUUAACCAUGCAGCUAAAGUAUGUAACGGCAAACAGCGUUGCUCCAUAUGCUCGGGUGAACACUUUUAUAAGGAGUGUGAUAAGCCUAAUGAUUUAUGUUGUGCCAAUUGUAGUGGACCACAUUUGGCAAUUUCGAAACAAUGUCCUAUAAAACUUAAGAAAAUAACAGAAAAGAAGACAAAUAUCACGUACGCCUCUAAAGCUGAAACUCGAAAAGUCGAGUUUCCGACAUUACUUGACCAAACUGUAAGGCUUCCAGAAAAAGCAAGUAAAUCUAAAUCUCAACCGCAAAAAAAUGUUCCUUCUACAGCUACACCAGCAGAGACACCGAAAUUUGACAUUAAAAAAGAAUUACUACAGAAUGCAGACUUAAUGAAUGCACUGGUUAGCACUCUCAUAGAAUUAGCAAACAAGACUGAUUCUAAUCCAAUCACUAGCAGUUCUAUUAAAGAUAUGCUUAUUAAAAAUAUUAAAUAAUGGAUUCUACACUUAUUCGUAUUGCUCAAUUCAAUAUUCAAUCAGUUACAAAUAAAAAACCUUUGCUAAUUAAUUUUUUAAAAGUUCAUAAUAUUGAUGUUUGUCUUCUUAAUGAAACCUGGUUAAAACCAACUACUGCUUUUAGGAUACCUAGUUAUAAUAUUUUCUGUAAAUAUGUUAACAAUGGACAUGGCGGAGUUGCUAUACUCGUCAAAAAUAUAUACAAACAUACUUUUAUACAGACUGACUUUUAUGAAAGUAUCCAAAAUGUAGCUAUCUCAAUUGUGACUAACCGAGGGCCUUUAUCAGUUUUAUGUGUGUAUUGUCCUCCAAACCGUCCACACAUUAGACUAAAUAGAUUUAAAAUAUAAUUGAGAAAUUACCAACACCUAUAAUAAUAUCAGGAGACUUUAAUGCGCAUCAUACAGCAUUUGGUUGCGCUACUAAUCAAUCCAGGGGUAACACCUUGUUUGAUAUUAUAAGUGACUUAGACUUAUGUAUCUUAAAUGACGGAAAUCCAACUACAGUUACUUACCCGAAUCGAAAUCCUUCAGCGAUCGAUGUUAGCCUCUGUAGUGCAAGUAUUGCCCCUCUGUGCGAGUGGCAAGUCCAUGAUGACCCUAUGGGCAGCUAUCACUACCCUACUAUAGUAAGUAUAUUGACCUCUCUUGAAAAAUAUCAAAUAAGUGAUCCAGUAGAUAAAUUUAUAUAUACUAAAGCUGACUGGAAUAAAUAUAAAGAGCUUUCAGAAGAGAUAUUCUCGGAUUUUCCUUUAAAUGAUAACGAUCCUAUACAAUCAUAUGAUAAAUUUAGUGCUGAACUCAACCUAUUAAAAAUACAAUGUAUCCCAAAACUUACUAAAAAUACAAACUUCGUUAGCAGACCUCCGGUUCCUUGGUGGAAUAAAAAAUGUGAAGAUAGUGUCAUUAAAGCCUAUGAGGCAUUAAAAUAUUACAGGGCCAAUCCAUCUUUAGA